AUGAGUUCAUUACGUCUUAUACUCAAACAUUUGAAACCACAAAGAAUUCCUAAGGGAGUUGUCACCCCCUUAAGAUCACAAGUUGUUCCAACUCCAAUUCUUUUAAUUGGUGGAUUAGCAGGAGCAAUUGCUGGUGGUUAUUAUUUAUUAGAUGCUCGUUCGGCAUUCCAUGAAUACGUAUUAUGUCCAUUAAUCCGUACAUUCACUGACGGGGAACAAGGACAUAAAUUAGGGAUAUUUUUCAUGAAGUAUGGAUUGGCUCCUAGAUUAUUAGAUGAAGGAUAUAAUGAUCAAAGUGAUAUUUUAGGAGUUGACGUAUUUGGAACCAAAUUAAGAAAUCCAAUUGGAUUAGCUGCUGGGUUGGAUAAAGAUGGAGAAGCUAUUGAAGCUUUAUUCAAUAGUGGGUUUUCAUAUGUUGAAAUUGGGUCAAUUACUCCUGAACCACAACCAGGUAACCCCAAGCCUAGAUUUUUUAGAUUACCUAGAGAUGAUGCAGUUAUUAAUAGAUAUGGUUUCAAUUCAUCUGGUCAUUUCAAUGUAAUUGCUAAUUUAAAAGUUAGAUUUAAUAAAUUAUUAACUAAAUUUGAAAAAUCAGCAAAAUCUCCUAAUGAUGAACCAUUUUCAAAUGCUUUUAAAGAAGGGAAAUUGUUAGGAAUUAAUUUAGGUAAGAAUAAGUUUGGUGAUGAAGUUACUGAUUAUACUAAAGGGGUUGAAAGAUUAAGUAAAUAUGCUGAUGUUUUAAUUAUUAAUGUUUCUUCACCAAAUACUCCAGGUUUAAGAGAUUUACAAAGUGAAGAGAAAUUAACCAAUUUAUUAACUACUGUUGUUAAAGAAAGAGAUAAUGUUGGUAAGAACUUAUUAGGUAAGAUACCACCAGUAUUAGUUAAAGUAGCUCCAGAUUUAACUGAACCAGAGAUUGAAUCAAUUGCAACCUCAGCAAAAGAUGCAAAAGUAGAUGGAAUUAUUAUUUCUAAUACUACAAUCCAAAGACCAAUAGAUCAAUUAUUAACUACAGAUACCCAAUUAAUUAAUCAAACUGGUGGAUUAUCAGGUAAGCCUUUAAAACCUUUAGCACUUAAAGCAUUAAGAACAUUAAGAAAAUAUACUAAAGAUUCUAAUUUGGUAUUGAUUGGUUGUGGUGGUAUUUCUACUGGGAAAGAUGCUUUAGAAUUUGGUAAAGCAGGUGCAACUUUCAUUGAACUUUAUACCGCGUUUGCUUAUAAGGGUCCUGGAUUAGUUGCAAAGAUUAGAGAUGAAUUAGCCAAUGAAUUAAGAAAAGAAGGUAAAACUUGGCAACAAAUUAUUGGUAGUGAAAAUUAG